GGACCGGCCCCUGACCCAGGCCUGUCUCCUGCAGGGCGUUCACGCCAGCAUUCUUUAAGUGCCGUUUUCAAACGAUGUGAAGACCCAUUUUAAGAGGAUUGAUGCUUCUGUGAUGGAGAAAUACGAAACACUUGGGAAAAUUGGCGAAGGAUCCUACGGAGUUGUUUUCAAAUGCAAGAACAGGGACACGGGUCAGAGUGUGGCCAUCAAGAGGUUUCUGGAAUCGGAAGAUGACCCUGUCAUAAAGAAAAUCGCCCUUCGAGAAAUCCGCGUGCUCAAGCAACUCAAGCAUCCCAACCUCGUCAACCUUAUCGAAGUCUUCAGGAGGAAACGGAAGCUUCACCUGGUGUUUGAAUACUGUGACCACACGGUGCUCCACGAGCUGGACAGACACCAAAGAGGGGUACCAGAACAUCUUGUGAAGAGCAUAGCUUGGCAGACAUUGCAAGCCGUAAAUUUUUGCCAUAAACACAAUUGCAUACACAGAGAUGUGAAGCCAGAAAACAUCCUCAUCACAAAACAUUCUGUGAUUAAGCUUUGUGACUUUGGAUUCGCUAGGCUUUUGACUGGACCGAGUGACUACUACACAGACUACGUGGCCACCAGGUGGUACCGCUCCCCGGAGCUGUUGGUGGGGGACACGCAGUACGGCCCCCCAGUAGACGUGUGGGCAAUUGGCUGUGUCUUUGCUGAGCUGCUGUCAGGGGUGCCUCUGUGGCCAGGAAAAUCAGAUGCGGAUCAGCUCUAUCUGAUUAGGAAAACCUUGGGAGACCUCAUUCCUAGGCACCAGCAAGUAUUUAGCGCGAAUCAGUACUUCAGUGGGGUAAAAAUUCCAGACCCUGAAGAUAUGGAACCACUUGAAUUAAAAUUUCCAAACAUCUCUUAUCCUGCCCUGGGGCUCUUAAAGGGCUGUCUCCACAUGAAUCCUGCCGAGAGACUGACGUGUGAGCAGCUCUUGUUGCACCCAUAUUUCGACAGCAUCAGAGAAACAGGGGAUUCGGCAAAAGAGCAUGAGAAGCCAACAAGGAAGACCCUGAGACAGAGCCGAAGGCACCUGCCGGGGUUGCAGUACCUACCUCAGCUGACCAGCAGCAGCGUCCUUCCAGCUUUGGAUAACAAGAAGUACUACUGUAACACCAAGAAACCUAACUACCGUUUCCCAAACAUUUAAAGACCUUGGAGAUUGAUAAUAAAAAAAAAAUAGAUCAUUACUUUGAAUAAAACAUAUAUUUGAUUGAAAACAAUCACAAUGUUGAAAGAAACAUCAGGAGAAAACAUGAGUAGCUCACUGGGGGAGGCCCCUUGGCAAGAUGUGGAGGGACGUUCCAGAGGCCGUCUUCUAUGCUUGACGAUGGUGUCUGGACAGAAAGCAAAAACUUCUGUGGAUUUUCACUUUUAUUUCUGUUGUAUCUAAGAAGCUGAGCUUAUGGACCGAAUAUAAACUAUCUACUGCACUUGCCCACACCUCUGGCAAAAUUAGAGGUGCAAAAAAAAAAAAAAAAAAAAAGAUGCUUCAAUUGUACCAUAUGCGACAAGUGAAAAAUGGAUUACAGAACGCCCAUAUGUAUUUCCUUGGAUCGCUGUUGCUUGGAGUCCUAGC